CGGCCCGUCUGACAAUGCUAGCUCAGCCUUGUUACGCGACCUACGCCUGCUUUCAGUUUGCUGUAUAGGUACAAUUAUAUUAAUAUUCUGCCCGCUGUGAUCUACCCGGAAACAACUUGGACAAAAACUUGCGAGUGGGCUGAUUUCAAACUUACUUCAAACUGGAGGAAGCAUUACAACAACCCAUCCAGGAUGAUCCCUGUAAGGACAAGUUCACAGGCCUACUGUGUGGCGAUACUGACAGCUCUUCAACUGGUUGUCUACUUCAGCAACCCGCUUGAUGCAGUCAGACUCGACCGGAACGGAGAUUGCUGGCAUACUUCUCCAGCAGGUGAAUUAGGUGUCGAGGAAGACAGCGUGCAGACAGGUCUACCAGCUUACAGGAUACUGAACAAGAUAGAUGGCAGCAUCUACAUUGGAUCAAAUGAAACCCUCACGAGGUUGUCCAUUGAUGACAAUAACCAAUUAUCUGAAAGUCAGAUUACGCUUCAGACAAUGGAACCAACGCUUGUCGUAAAUUGCGCAGCCCAAAAUCCAACCAAUAAAGAGACCGUCUGUUGGAACUUCAUACGUAUUGCAGAAAGAACAAGUUCGGGUCAACUUUUGGUGUGUGGCACAAAUGCGUUUAGCAGGCGGUGUUAUGUGUGCACAUCAGAACCACUGAGUUGUGACAGGAUCACUGCAAAUUCUUCAAAUCUCGUCUUUGUUCCUCAGCAAAUUGACGUCGCUGCAUCGGCAGCUGUCAUCAACGGUGGCUCAGCUGGUAUGCUGUAUGGUGGAAGUAGAAGGGAUCAGGAUACGACUUUCAACAGAUAUGCUUUAAAUUCAGACUUGAACAUAGCCAACCCUAUCACGUUUCAGUUGGACACAGUCGUUGUUGGGAUGGGCUUCAUCAACGAGGGAACCUUCGUAGGCAGGCCGUUCGAAUACACUCAUGAUGAUGGGCGUGAGUUUGUGUUUUUUUUCUACCGUGAGAAUGCAGUGGAAUACACCUCCGGAGAAAAAGUGUUCUCUCGCAUCGCGAGAGUGUGCAAGAACGACACGGGCGGCAUUACGAACACCAAUAAGUUCAUCACCUUCAUCAAGGCUCGUCUGGAAUGCUCGGUAUCCGAAAGCGAUAUCCCAUUUUACUAUGACAAUAUUCAGGAUGUCUUUUGGGAUGCCAACAGUACGAUCGCAUACGCAAUAUUCACAUCACAAGAAGCUGGUCCUCCAACAUCAGCUCUUUGCAGCUACAGAAUGCAGGACAUCAUGAAUCUCUUUGAUCACGGCUAUUUCAGUAAGCAGCCUGGGGGGGAUGUCAACCGGCAAUGGCAGGAAAUCACUGAAGCAAGUGGAAAGGAUUUUCCACUACCAAGACCUGGAUUGUGUAAUGGAACGCGUACAACGGACUAUCCUCCGCUGCUGUUCAGGCCGGUUCCCAACAAUAAUACUGAUGCAGGUGCUACAGGAAGUGACGCAAAUAAAACACCACUUGAUCUACCCAAUUCACAGCCACCAUUAUACUAUGUGGAUGGUGUUCGCUUCACAAGCCUGACAGUGGAUUUGGACUUCAACUGUUCAGUCUUCUUUGUUGGAACAAGCACUGGAAACAUAAUCAAAAUUUCUAAACCUGGCUGCAAUACCACUGUCCUAGCCGUUGAAACUGAACUUGCCUCAGACGAUCCCGUGACUGGGUUGGAACUCUUGAAAAACAAUUCUGCAACCUUCCUGGUAGCCACGAAGGACCGUCAGCCUUCAAUCACGUGGCCCCUGAGCACCACAUGCCUAUCAGCGGUAACCGAGCAAGAAUGUAAUCGUAGGGCUCCUUAUUGCACGUUCACAGGCUCCAAUUGCACAUGUUCAACAAACUGUGUAGAUGAUGACCCUCCAACAGUUCCUGACCAGGCCCAGCUGACAAUUUUGCCUGAUAACUCUUCCAUAUCCUCCUGCUGGAAUGGACACGUGUUCCUCUAUUGUCAUCUCAAUGAUACUGACGCAUCGGUGAAAUGGAAUGAUAUGGACUGCAACACGCAAACCAACGACAGUUUUAUUAAGCUGACAUGCGUAGAGAAUAAGUCAAAUCUGGUUGAGUUGGAUAUCACUGUGCAUCGCAAGACUGAAGGAACCCACAACUGUACAGCUGAGGUUGGAGGUCAGGUGCUGACGAAACAAGUGGAGAUCAUUGCAAGGGACGACUGCAUAACCCAGGACAGCCUACAGGAACGAUGUGACGAAUUCAUGACCCUAAAGACCCAGAGUGAGACUCUCCAUGACCAGUUCAACAACAAUCAGGGGACUUGCUCCGUGGACAUUCAGGACUGCAAUAGCUGCACUUCGUGUCCGUGAGCUCCUGCCCGAUUCACGCGGUCGGUAUACAUGCCUGGCCCUGUCGGCUGUACAGUGCCGGAGGCAGUCACAAUAAAUUGACCACAAAAACUCUCACUUUGUAAACCAUAUCAAAUGUAAACACUGGUUUCGUUUGUUCUGUUGUGAUGGGGAGUAUGCCAAUUAUACGCAUUACAAUACUACUUAAAAAUGUGUGGCUUUAAAUGUUUUUACCGGAUUGUUUGAAUAAUAUGUUUAUAAGGCCUACGGGGAAUUUUUUUAACAUUGUACAUGAUGACUCUAUCUCGUUUAAAUUGAGUAAACGGCCUACAAAUGUAUUCAGACUGAAGGGUAUUAAAUACUUUUAUAGCUAGGAAUAAGUUUACAGAGUAGAUGUUAAGCUUCGUUUGUUUUGUGUUCUUCUGCCAGGCUCGUGUCGCGGAAAUUGUAUUGUAAAAUACAGUUGUCUACAGCGUUGUGCAGUGGAUUAUGCUUCAAGAAAACUUGCCAUAUUUCUGCUUACAUAGCCGCCAUGUUCGGAAUCAAAUUUUUGUCGCAAGUAUGGCGGGGAAGAAUUAUAGGCUGGUAGAAAAAUGCAGUUUUUAUGAUGAAAUGAUGUAAAACUACGCCUGAUUUCCUGUCAGUUGUCUUUUUGGCUCACCUUUGGCAUUAAUGUUAAUGCAACGGUGGAUCCUCAUAAUGAACUGAAUUUGUAUUGAUUUGAUAUACAUGUACAUGUACUUAUUUGAAUCUUAAGUGUUUUUUUGUCAUUUACUCGAGUUGAAACCUUUUGUGACAUAUUUAAUUCAGCAUCUCCUUAAAUAACGUUUUGUUGGAAAGAACUCAAAGCGUCCGUUGUUGUUGUUGUUGUUUUGUUUUAAUGGCGUUUUCAGCUACUCAGACUAUUUGCGCCACUAACUAUGCGUUUAUGCAUUAUCUUUAUUAAUCAGCAUCACAUUAUAGAGUUGGGAAGAAGGUCCAGUUUUAGAGGCAGGAGGAAACCGGAGUACCCGGAGAGAACCUGUGAGAGCGAGUAUGGACUAGACACCAAAUGCAAUUAAAGCCUGGGCCGAGGCAGGACUCGAACCCAGGCCUCAUUGGUACAAAGUGAGGAAAGAAACACUACGCUGCCCCGCCACCAACCCCACCCAGCGUCUGUUCACACUCAACAAAUGGUUUUUAUUGGUAGACAAUCAGAUUUCCUGUUAAGGUAAACUGAAUCCGUCCUCAAGACUCCCGUAAACUCCCGUCUAUUUCCAGGUCAGCCUCGGUUUCAAAGGCAAAGAAAAACGAGGGAUUGGCCACUGUUUACACGGCUACCCAAUUAUGUUAUGAUGUUAGAUUGGCAACUCAUCGGCAUUGUGGAAAUAAAUAUUGCUUGCUUGA